CUGCUGGUAGUACUGCUUCAGAUGAGGUUUGAACGCGAUCGUGAGCGUGUCGUUUAAACGUUGGCGGUUUUUUUGCGAUUAUUAUUUAUUUUAUUUUUUUUAAUUAACCUUUUUCGUUGUUGAUUUUUCGAGUUCUUUCCGUUAUUGAGUUUAAUUAAUAAUAGUGCGCGGUUUUCUAUAACCGUGGUGUACGUGAUUAUCUUUUUGGUGUCUCAGAAAUUGAAGGAAAUAAUAACACAUAGUGGAUUAACGGUCUCUUUUUAUAAAUGUGGUGUGCGACCAGAAAUCGGUGAUAUGUGUGUUCCCUUUACCAGGGAGGUUGUUGUAUCAGAAUGUGGAUUAACGAUUACUACUGCUACGGUAGAAAGGAUUACUGCUAUUACUACCGCCUUUGGAUUAUUGCGGCUUUACUACUUUUAACCGUCGUUCAACAAGCAACAGGAUUCGUUUCGUGCUCGCCAAGCCCCUGUAAAAAUGGAGGCACGUGCGUUUCAUCUGUUCGAGGGGAAUUUUCUUGCAAUUGUACAGCAAAAUACGUUGGGGAGUACUGCCAGUACGACAAUCCGUGUUACACCGGGGCCAGAUGUCAAAACGGCGGCUCCUGCAAGGUGCAGGUGUCAUCGGACAAAUAUCCUAGGUUCUCGUGCGAUUGUCCGUUGGGGUUCAGUGCUUCCCUAUGUGAAAUUCGCGACCCGAACUCGUGCGAUAGUCGACCCUGUCAAAAUGGGGGCACCUGUUCUCUGACAACCACCUUAGAAACGUACCAAUGUCUUUGUCCAUCCGGGUAUACAGGAAAACAUUGCGAGAAGCAAGAUCAUUGCGCCUCGCAGCCAUGCAUGAAUGGGGCCACUUGCACCCCGGUGGGUAACUCUUACAAGUGCAAGUGUCCGUCUGGCUUUACCGGCAAAGCUUGCAAGGAGGACAGAGAUGAAUGCAGGAAUAAACCGUGUGUCUACGGGAAAUGUCAUAACACCCACGGCAGUUACACGUGUACAUGUAAUGAGGGAUAUACUGGAAAAGACUGUGAAACAGAAUAUAUUCCAUGUGAUCCCAGUCCGUGUUUGAACGAUGGAAAGUGUCGGAAAAAGGAUAAAUAUUCAUACGGCUGUGAAUGUCCAGCAGGUUUUCGUGGUCACGACUGCGAAGAGAACAUCGACGACUGUCCUGGGCAUAAAUGUCAGAACGGGGCAACCUGCGUGGACGGUUUAAACGAUUACAGCUGCCAGUGUCCGGCGACCUACACGGGACGCUUCUGCGAACAUGACGUUGACGAGUGCUCCCUCAGGCCGAGCGUAUGCCAAAACGGGGCCACGUGCACCAACAGUGUCGGGGGUUAUUCGUGCAUCUGUGUGAACGGCUGGACGGGUCCGGAUUGUUCCGGGAACAUUGACGAUUGCGCUGGAGCGGCAUGUUUUAACGGGGCUACUUGUAUCGAUAGGGUCGGAAGCUUUUAUUGUAGAUGUACACCAGGAAAAACAGGAUUAUUGUGCCAUUUGGAUGACGCAUGUACAAGCAGUCCUUGUCACGCGGACGCGAUUUGCGACACCAGCCCCAUCAACGGGUCGUACACCUGCAGCUGUGCGUCCGGAUACAAAGGAACCGAUUGUUCUGAGGACAUAGACGAGUGCGAACAAGGCUCUCCCUGCGAACAUGAUGGCUUAUGCGUUAACACCCCCGGUAGUUUCGCUUGCAACUGUACUCAAGGUUUCACCGGACCAAGAUGCGAAACAAACGUUAACGAAUGCGAUUCACAUCCUUGCAAAAACCAGGGUUCUUGUCUGGACGACCCAGGAACGUUUCGAUGUGUUUGUAUGCCCGGUUAUACUGGAACACAGUGCGAAAUCGAUAUCGACGAAUGCAAAGACAAACCCUGCUUGAACGGCGGAAUUUGCCACGAUUUGGAAAACAACUUCUCAUGCACAUGCAGCUAUGGUUUCGCCGGAGAUCACUGUCAAACGAAUAUCGACGAUUGUAUUUCGUCGCCGUGCAAAAACGGCGGCAUAUGUCACGAUUCGAUCGCCGGUUACAGUUGCGAAUGCCCCGCAGGGUUCACCGGAAUGUCCUGCGAAACGAACAUCAACGAUUGCCAAUCGUCGCCUUGUCAACACGGCGAAUGCAUCGACGGACAGAAUUCGUUCCAUUGCACCUGCCAUCCUGGUUACACCGGAAACGUUUGCGAAACUCAAAUCGACGAAUGCGCUUCAAAUCCUUGCAAAUACGGCGGAGAAUGUAUCGAUCUUAUCAAUAGUUAUCAAUGCGCUUGUAAAUCGGGCACUUCCGGUAGGAAUUGCGAGAUUAAUAUCAAUGAAUGUAACAGUAAUCCGUGCAGAAACAAUGCUAUUUGCAGAGAUGGAAUUAAUAGGUAUACUUGUGAGUGUCAGCCUGGAUUUGCGGGUCAACAUUGCGAAACGAACAUUGAUGAAUGCGCGUCGAAUCCGUGUGCGAACGGCGGCGUUUGCAUAGAUUUGAUAAAUGGUUUUCGGUGCGAAUGUCCAAGAGGUUAUUACGACGCCAGAUGUUUGAGCGACGUCGACGAGUGCAAAUCAAAUCCUUGUAAACAUGGGGGAAGUUGUGAAGACGGAGUGAAUAGAUUUAUUUGUCACUGCUUACCAGGUUAUAGCGGCAAACAAUGCGAAAUCGACAUCGACGAAUGCGCCUCAAACCCUUGCCAACACGGCGGAACAUGUCAUAAUCAUCUCGCCUCGUACUCUUGCGAAUGCUUACCUGGUUAUACCGGCAUCAACUGCGAAACAAACAUCGACGAUUGCGCUAAGAAACCAUGCAAAAAUGCCGGCACUUGUAUCGAUCAAGUAAACAGCUACAAAUGUAUCUGCAACAUUCCAUUCACCGGUCGCGAUUGCGAACAAAAACUCGAUCCUUGCUCUCCAAAUAGAUGCCGUCACAACGCGCGUUGCACCCCCAACUCCAAUUACAUGGACUUUGCGUGUACGUGCAGUGUUGGAUAUACAGGUCGUUAUUGUGAUACCGAUGUCGACGAAUGCAUGGUUUCAAAACCGUGCAGAAAUGGAGCAACUUGUCGAAACACUAACGGUUCGUACCACUGCGUUUGCGCGUUGGGUUAUGAAGGAAAAGAUUGCAGCAUUAACACCGAUGAUUGCGCCUCACACCCAUGUCAAAAUGGCGGAAAUUGUUUGGAUGGUAUUGGGACUUACAUGUGUAUGUGUGUUAGUGGUUUUGAAGGCAAACAAUGCGAAAUCGAUGUUGAUGAGUGCUUAUCUAACCCGUGUCAGAAUGGUGCCACAUGUAACCAAUACGUUAAUUCAUACACGUGUACGUGUCCGUUGGGUUUUUCCGGUAUAAACUGUCAAAUCAAUGAUGAAGAUUGUACGAUGAGUAGUUGUAUGAAUAGCGGAACAUGUAUCGACGGGAUCAAUUCGUAUUCGUGUAUUUGCGGGCCGGGUUACACCGGAACGAACUGUCAAAGCAGAAUCAAUUUGUGCGAUAGCGCGCCGUGUUAUAACGGCGCUACCUGUCAAGAUCAUAUGUUGCACUUUUCGUGUCAUUGCGCUUAUGGAUACACCGGGAAAGAUUGUCGCGAAUACAUCAAUUGGUGCGCUACAAAUCCAUGCGAAAAUGGCGCCACUUGUCAUCAAGAAAAGAAUAAAUAUCAAUGUCUUUGCGCACCUGGUUGGACCGGAAAAGUUUGCGAUGUCGAAAUGGUUAGUUGUAGAGAUGCGGCGUUAAGAAAAGACGUCGCCGUUAAAAAACUUUGUAAUAACGGAACCUGCGAGGAUAUAGGAAAUUCCCAUCGGUGUCAUUGUUUAGAUGGUUACACCGGAUCUUAUUGUCAACACGAAAUAAAUGAGUGUCAAUCCGCGCCGUGUCAAAAUAACGCCAUUUGCAUAGACCUCGUCGGAAACUAUGCCUGCCAGUGUCCAAGUGGUUUUCAAGGUCAAAAUUGCGAGUUAAAUGUGGACGAUUGCAAACCAAAUCCAUGCCAAAACGGCGGACUUUGUCACGAUUUAAUCGAUAAAUUUUCGUGUUCUUGCCCACCAGGAACUUUGGGAAUAAUUUGCGAAAUUAAUACAGACGAUUGCGGCCCGAAUGCUUGCCACAACAACGGAACUUGCAUCGAUAAAGUCGGCAGUUUUGAAUGUAAAUGCCCUCCAGGAUUUGUUGGGCCAAGAUGUGAAGGAGACAUUAACGAGUGUUUAUCAAAUCCAUGUUCGAGCGAUGGAACAUUAGAUUGCGUUCAAUUAGUAAACGAUUAUCAUUGUAAUUGCCGCCCGGGCUAUGUGGGAAGACAGUGUAACAACAAAGUCAAUUUUUGCGAUAUAUCACCUUGUAUGAACGGAGGGAUUUGCGUGCCAAAACAAACUGGAUAUGAAUGUAGUUGCUUAGAGGGCUAUUAUGGAAAAAGAUGUGACUAUCUCGGAAUUUCAGUUUGCGAACCGAGUCCAUGUUUGAAUGGGGGAUCCUGUCGAUCAACUGAUAAUGGUUAUCAUUGCGAUUGUCCCAUAGGAACGAUGGGGAAUAAUUGCGAAAUUGAUACUUGUGAUGAAUGCUCAAGUAAUCCGUGCAAAAAUAACGGAUUGUGUCAAGAUCAACCUGGGCAUUACACUUGUUAUUGUGCCCCGAAAUAUAACGGAAAAAAUUGCGAAAUUUACGACCCCUCAUUCCCAGGUGGAAUGGGUAUUUUUCCAAAUCCUAAAAAAGUGAACACUUCAAAUUAUUACCCUAACUUUGAACUACAAAGGCAGCAGUGUAAUUUGAAUCAAUGCGAUAAAAAACACGGGGAUGGUGUUUGUAACGAAGAAUGUAAUAAUUACGCUUGUGAUUUUGACGGAAAUGAUUGCUCGUUGGGUAUAAACCCAUGGGCUAAUUGUACAGCACCCAUUAAAUGUUGGCAAGUUUUUAUGAACAACGUCUGCGACGAAGAAUGCAACAACCCGCAAUGUUUAUUUGAUGGAAGAGAUUGCGAGCGCACUUUACAACCCUGCAAUCCUAUUUACGACGCUUACUGCCAAAAACAUUACGGUAACGGACAUUGCGAUUACGGUUGCAACAACGCCGAGUGUAAUUGGGAUGGAUUAGACUGCGAAAAAGAACCACCCGAAAUAGCCGAUGGAGCUAUUUCAAUCAUUGUGUUAUUAGACGUACAAAUGUUUAAGCAAGGAUUAAUCGCUUUCCUCCGAGAUACCAGUCACCAAUUACGCACCAAUUUACGAGUGAAAAAAGAUCACAUGGGAAACGAUAUGAUUUAUCCUUGGGUUGGGGAUCGAAUAGAUCAUUCCUCAUUGAGCCCCCAACAAAGAGAAACAAUUGGAACGAAAGUUUACUUAGAAAUUGAUAACAGAAAAUGUAUGAUGAUUCCAAACUCUGAAUUUUGUUUCCAAUCGGCAAGUUCCGCGGCGGAAUUUUUAGCUGCCAAAGCUACCCGAGGAAAAUUAUCUCAAUCGUUUCCUAUAUACAGAGUGAACGGUUCCGAACGCGGCGAAACCGCAGACUCCCCAACGAAUUCCCGUUACGUAAUUUUAGGGAUCGUUGUUGUUGUUGGAAUGUCGAUCCUUUGCGUUUUCGUGGUGAUCACUGCGCAAAAGAAACGUGCCAGUGGAAUCACCUGGUUCCCGGAAGGUUUCUUUUCGACGGCGUCGACGACGGCGACUCGACGGUCGAGACGCCGUGGUCCCGAUGGCCAGGAAAUGCGUAACUUUACGAAAAACGCAUCGAUCGGUUGCAUGGAUUUAGAUAUGAAUAUGCACGGGCAACAUAUGGGGCAUGGUCAGCAAUGGUCAGAUGAUGAAUCGGAGAUGCCGCAAAGAAAACGAUUACGUGUUGGUUUGGAUAACGCUUAUUCAAGUGAUCAAACAGCCAUUACUGAAUAUGAAGAAGCUGAACCGAGAGUUUGGACCCAAACGCAUUUAGAAGCGGCCGACAUCCGCCCGACGGCGAUGUUAACACCGCCUCAAGGUGAAGUAAUUAGCGACGUAAAUGCGAGGGGCCCAUGCGGAAUGACACCCAUUAUGGUUGCAUCGGUUCGUGGCGGUGGAAUUGGCACCGGUGAUGAGGAUGAGGAUGAUACGGCCGGUGCUGUUAUUCAAGAUUUAGUGGCACAAGGUGCUGAAUUAAAUGCAACUAUGGAGAAAACCGGCGAAACUUCGUUACAUUUAGCCGCUAGAUAUGCUCGGGCGGAUGCCGCAAAACGUUUAUUAGAUGCCGGAGCGGACGCCAACGCUCAAGACAACACCGGAAGAACUCCUUUACACGCUGCCGUAGCCGCCGAUGCGCUCGGAGUUUUCCAAAUAUUAUUAAGAAAUCGAGCGACAAAUUUAAACGCUCGUAUGCACGAAGGAACAACGCCGCUUAUUUUAGCGGCCCGUUUAGCCAUUGAAGGAAUGGUACAGGAUCUCAUUAGUGCGGAAGCGGAUAUAAACGCGGCUGAUAAUUCAGGAAAAACCGCUUUACAUUGGGCUGCGGCCGUUAAUAACGUCGAAGCUGUUAAUAUUCUUUUGGCAAAUGGGGCCAAUAGGGACGCUCAAGACGAUAAAGAUGAGACCCCACUGUUUUUGGCUGCUCGCGAAGGAUCUUAUCAGGCGUGUAAAGCCCUGUUGGAAGCAUAUGCAAAUAGAGAAAUCACUGAUCAUAUGGAUCGGUUGCCGAGGGACGUGGCCAGUGAGAGACUUCAUCACGAUAUUGUCAGAUUAUUGGAGGAACAUAUUCCCCGCAGUCCCCAAAUGGUUAAUGUUAUUCCUAAUAAUGCCAUGAUGACUUCUCCAAGUGGUCAAAUGAUUCAACAUCCAACGGUAAUCGUUCCAAAACGUCAAAAAUCAAAAAGGCCCACUAAAAACAGCUCAAACAACAACAACCCAAUGGGUCCUACAAGUCCAGAAGUAGAAGGCGCUUGCACGGGGAGUAGCAUCAGAAGAAAAGCGAGCGUUAAAAAGCCCACGAAGAAAUCCCAAAACAAUCUUCAACACGCCACCGAAUUACCCGUCGACGCUUUAUCCGCCGCUUUAAGUCCCGUUGAAUCCCCAAUAACAAAUCUUCCAAGUCCCUAUGAUACCACAUCGAUGUAUUCUAACAUGGGUAUCGCUGCGACUGGUUUAGAAGCGUUAAUGACUACAACUAAUAAACAACCUCCUAGUUAUGAUGAUGUGAUUAAAAGUAACGCAUUACACAAUUUGGUAAAUAUCGAAAAUUACGGGGGCGCAUUUUUGGCUACUUUCCAAGAUGCGAUGAUGAUGCGUCAAAUGCAACAGAACACGUUGAGUCCGCCGUAUUCGAAUCAAUCGCCCCCGCAUUCCGUUCAAUCGAACAUGUCGAUGUCGCCGCAGCAAGCGUACGGUGGAUCACCGUCACCGGCGAAAACGCGGCCUUCUUUACCCACCAGUCCUACGCAUAUCGCAGCGAUGCGAGCUGCAACUCAACAGAAGCACGGUGGUAUACCGCAGGCACAAACGUUACCGAUGGGGUUCGAUUUUAGCCAGGCUGGGUUAGAUUUACCGAUGGCUUACUCAUCGGCUGGACAACAAGCCGCUCCGGCUGCUGCAUUGCAACCGCAACAGUUUCAACAGCAGCAACAAAGUUUUUAUUUGACACCUCCUUCGCAACAUUCGACGGAUGUCGCGACGCCACCAUCGCAGCAUAUCAGCGAACAUUUUCCGACGCCAAGUCCGGAAAGUCCGGAACACUGGUCGACCAGUUCGCCGAUUUCUAGCGUUUCUGAUUGGACUGAAAGUCCGACAACGUACACAUCCGCCGGUCAUCAGACGAACAAAGGUUCUGAGGCUAUUUAUAUUUAAGGUUUGCCAAAUAAUUAUUUUUUUUUAUUGGGAUGUUUCAAGAUAUUUGAAUAAUUUCUCAUAUAACUUUUAUUAUCAUUUAAA